ACAAGCCAGUCCGGCAACAGCAAGAUUCGAAUGUGAUCGAGGUGCCGAGGAUGCACAGCGGCAACAAAGCGCAGAUCCCUGGUCCCUCCCUGGAGGGAGACGAGCUUGGGGACGGGCCAAGCAAUGACGCCUCCCAGGUUGCUUUUUCUCACCAAGGCCCGAGCUCGCAAGUAGAACCGAGGGUUGAACCUGAUGAUCCUGCAAGUCUAGGCAAACCCGGUCUGCUUGGCGAGGCCAUCAUACCACUUUCAGAGCCAGACGCCCCGCACGCUCACCGUCUUCAACGCCCCGCGUCGCCAAACCCUAUAAAGGUCGCGACUCCGGAAGCGUCACGCGCGCCUACCAGUCCUGGCCCCGUCCCUCUCGAGAGCUCUCGAGAUCCAGCACCGUCCAACAUGAUCUUCUCAGAUCUGGUCAAGUCGCCGCGGACGACCUUCACCAAGUUCCGCAAUUCCUUCCCCCAUGGCGUACAGCCGCCGCUGGACUUCGACCCCGACCUUGUUAGCAGGGACAAGGUGAAGAAUAGGGAGGCGGUGAAUAGAUAUCUCGCCGAGAGAGUGCGCAAUGACUGGGAAUUCACCUGGCCCCCUGUGGUAAACUCGGCUUCUGCCUCGGCGGAACCCGCAGCCAGUGCGCAAGACGAGAAGGCUCAGACAGCCAAUGGCGACCCACAAGAAGCCGGAGAUGGAGCGGCGGCGGCCGUCGAAGAUGCACCGAGGGACCCAGGGGCGGAGGCGGACCCGGAAUCGGACGCAGAGUCGGUGUACAGCACAAUAUCGGAAGAUACAACCCGCUUUCGCCCACGGGCAGAAUGGACGUCCGAUCUCUCAGACGACGACGAGCCUUGUCCAUCAGCCUCUCCCUUCCGGUUUGGCAGCCCAGAUGCUGUCGGUGCAGCCGUGCGCGAAUCCAUCGAGAUGAAGCGGGCGCGUCGGCGAAGAGCGGUGCGGGAGGAGAUGAAAUGGAACCCGGGGUUGGCAUGCUUUGAAGCGCGCCGUAACGCCUGGACCGGCGCCAAAACAGUGCGGGUGAAGCCGAAGCCACCAAGUCCUGUCUCACCAUCUUCCGCUCGCCGCCUCUUUUGGCGACACCAUCGGACGCAGUCGUCCAUCUCCCACAGCGCCGUCGUCGCAUCGGGCUCACCGCCCGGCCCAAGCUCGCCCGUCUCGCCCACUGCAACCCGCACAUCCACAACGACGGCUUCCGAUUCAGACUCUGGGGCCGUACAGAGAACAGUCUCCCGGGACUCGACCGCUCCCCGUGUCCUCCACCCAGUCCAGACCGUCGUUCCUGUCGCCCCACCCCUCCUCCCGCCACAAAAUCCAAUGCGCGCCUCGGUCCAGCCUGCCAUGUACAGUUCGCUCUACGACAAAGUUGUCACCCAGAGCCUGCAGCCGGCCUGUCCGGUGAACCUUUCCGACAUGCUACGCGCCUGCGUCGUCGGGUGGAAGCGUGACGGCGAGUGGCCGCCCAAAUCCGUGUACCCUGCCCCAGCGCCCGUCGAGGCGUCCAACGCUCAGGUGCUCGCUGUGCGCCAGCAGAAGGCGCAGCAGCAGCGUAACAAGAAUGCAGCCGCUGCAGAGGCCGCGGCGUCCAAGGGGAGGAGGCUGAGCCUGGUUGGCUUGUUUGGCACUGGCGGUGGCACCGGAGGGGGGAACAAGACCGCUAGUCGCACUACGACGACGCCGGCGGCAACACAGGAGGCGAACGGUGCCAACAAUAAAGAGAGUAAGGAGGACGAGCUCCGUCGUUCGCAGUCCAAUGAUGAUGUUGCUGGGUCGUCGGGCAAGACUCUCUUCAGGAGAAGUUUGCAAAGGGUGCUGUCUCUUGGACAACACGGUCAUGCCCACGGUGCCGUCAGUGGGAAUGGCGUGGAGGGGCCACUUUCGCCUACAAGCCCUACUACCAAGGAGGUCACCGCGGCUACUUAGUUCGGUUGGGCGCG